CACUCCGCGCCGGCGCGGGGCGCCGGGACGCUCGGCCGCGCCCUCCGGAGUGCGGGUCUCUGCUGCGGACGCCGGGGGCCGGCGCGCCCUGGGCCGCCCCCGGCCUCGCCGAGUGUAGCGCGCCCGCAGGCCGGCGCCUGCCCGCAGUCCGCGGCCCGGCGCUCGGGCUGGGCGGGGAGGCCGCCGCGCAGACGCCGCACGCUACGCCGCCGGCACCGCCGCUUCCGCGUCGCAGGCUUCCGGCCGCCGCGGCCGCCAUUUUGCUCGCGCGGAAGCGCCGCGGUGGGGUGGGAGCCCGAGCGGGACCCCGCGGGCUGUGCGGCCUCCGCCAUGCCGUCGUCCCCGCUGCGGGUGGCGGUGGUGUGCUCGAGCAACCAGAACCGGAGCAUGGAGGCGCACAACAUCCUCAGCAAACGGGGAUUCAGUGUCCGAUCCUUUGGAACAGGGACUCACGUGAAGCUUCCAGGACCAGCUCCGGACAAGCCCAAUGUUUAUGAUUUCAAAACCACAUAUGACCAGAUGUACAAUGACCUUCUUAGGAAAGACAAAGAACUCUAUACGCAAAAUGGCAUUUUGCACAUGCUGGACAGAAAUAAGAGAAUCAAGCCCCGGCCGGAAAGGUUCCAGAACUGCAAAGACCUGUUUGAUCUGAUCCUCACUUGUGAAGAGAGAGUGUACGACCAGGUAGUGGAAGAUCUGAAUUCCAGAGAACAGGAGACCUGCCAGCCAGUGCACGUGGUCAACGUGGACAUCCAGGACAACCAUGAGGAGGCCACCCUGGGAGCAUUUCUCAUCUGUGAGCUCUGCCAGUGUAUCCAACACACCGAGGACAUGGAGAACGAGAUUGACGAGCUGCUGCAGGAGUUCGAGGAGAAGAGCGGCCGCACCUUCCUGCACACCGUCUGCUUCUACUGAGCCCGGGCCCGGCCGCCCGCUCCAGCUUCCUUUUGUUCAUACUUUUUCCUUCCUGACGUUUGUUUUUACUUACAGGUGUUCUGCUGGUGACGGUAGCAUUACCCAAAUAAACCGUGCAUAUGACACGGGAGGAGAUGUCUAAAUGCCACAUUAAAGCAAUCAAGUUUUUUCCUUCCCACUUUUACUUACAAACGGGAUAUUGAUUAUAGUUUUUUCCUUUAACCGAAAAGACAAGACAGCGGUUGGUUUUGUGUUCACUCCCCCGCCCCAGUGUCCCCGUGCGCUUGCUCCCUCCUCCCUUCCCACCAACGAGGUGUUCGAUGACCUGGAAUUGUCCAAUAAAUAGAUGCUGCUGUCA